GUUCCCCCACCAAUAGAACUAUUAAAGAGUACACAAUUCCAGUUUUUAUACAUCGGUGACCGUAUGCCCUACCACGAGUAUCCAUGAACCAACUAGUUCUUGCCUAUCAAUAAUCAGUUUGCGGCCGGCGUUCAAAAAGUGUGGAGAGGUUGUCGACGGAUCAAUAAUCAAUAAAACAAGUAUUUUAUUUUACUUUUUAUUAACUAGAACAAAAUGACUGUUGACUGGGGAUACGAGGAAUCAAACGGACCAUCGGUCUGGCCAAAAUUUUUCCCGCAAGCUGCAGGUUCUCUACAAUCGCCUGUUAACAUCGAAACAUCCAAGGCCACAACUGACACGACUCUUCAGUGUAAGCCUCUGUUUUGGAACUACAGUUCGGAAAUAUGCAAAACUAUUGACAAUAAUGGAUUUGGGUGGAAAGUACAAGUAUUUGACGAAGGAAAUGGAUCUGAACUUUCCGGUGGUCCACUUGGACAGAAGUACAAAUUAGAACAAUUCCAUUGCCAUUGGGGUUGUACGAGCACAAAAGGAUCUGAACACACGGUUGAUGGAAUACCUUACGCUGGUGAACUGCAUUUGGUCCAUUGGAAUUGUGACAAAUAUAAUUCGUUCUCCGAAGCCAUUGACCAUCCAGACGGUCUAGCUGUUGUAGGAGUCUUUUUGAAGGCUGGCGAGAAAUGCCACCAAGAGUUGGAAAAAAUCGUUUCGCUUAUACCUCAAGUAGCUCUACGCAACCAGUCGGCUCCGAUUACCAACGCCAUCGACCCGGCUGCAUUGUUGCCCGAGGAUAUUACUUAUUGGACUUACCAUGGGUCUUUGACGACUCCACCGUGUUCCGAAUGCGUCACAUGGAUUAUGUUUAAGAAGCCCAUCGAAGUAUCCGAAAGACAGUUGAAUGCAUUUCGGAGCAUGCGGAUGAAAACACCUGAAGAAUGCUCCGAACCACACGGCGGCCCUCAGCUAGUGAACAACUAUCGGCCGCCAUUACCUUUGGGGAAUAGAGUACUCAGAGAAUGCGGCGCUAUGUAAAAAGACUCUGUCCCUGCCACUGUGUCACUUAGAAAGGAUAUUUGUGUUUUUCUUUUAUUCAAAGUAUACUCGUGAAGCAUCAAACGUAUUAUAUUUAAAUAUUUAUUUUCUAGACUAUGCGAAUGGCACAUCACCAUUUCUCGUGACAUAUCUUAGUUAUAAAAAAAAAAAACACUGAAAAUUGCACAGAGUAAAAACUUAAAGUUUUUUUCUAUAUAUGAGAAUACUUUAAUAAUUUUGUUGGGUAAAUUUCUUAUGAAAUUUUCGCAUUAUUUAAUUGAGUUUAAUGUAAUACUAUACCUAGUAUUGAGUAGUUUUAAAAUAACAAUAAACGUUUUUAAAAGAUAAUUGUUCUUUACUUAUAUUAAUAUAUUAUACUUGUUAUUCUAUCAUUUAUAUAAAAUAUACAUACAUAUAUAUACAUAUAUUUUUUUUUUUUGUAAAUUAUAUUUUACUACUAAUUAUUUUAACAAUGUUUUGUUUUGACGGUUAAUUUGACAUAGUGCAACAAUUUUCGGGACAAUUUUUUUUAAUAUUGUAGUACACUUAAAAACUUAAUUUUAUGUAAGUUUUACCUAGUUGUCAGAUUUCCAAAACAUAUUAAAAAAUCAAGUUGAAAAAAAAUGUUACAUGCGUCUUAUUCAAACUUUUUCUAUACUUAAGUUUUUUUAUAGGAUAUUCAGAAAAAGUUUUUU